AUAAUAUUAGUAAGGAUAGUGCUUAUGAUUUCAAAUUAAAAAGGAAGAAGUCGCUUCACGAUCAGCUUAAAUUUACCCCAAUUUGAGGUAAAUUUUAUAACUUGGCAACACAUGCGUAGACCUGUCAAAAUUAUUGUCUUUGGCCGUUGUACGCGUGGCUGGGUGACAGAACGUCGUUGCGUGUAUAAGGUGCUUUAAAAAAACUGCUAUAUAGUUUAUGGUAUUAUCAAGAACGGUGUGAUGUGAAUGUGAUUUGCACUGCGAUUUUGCGAAUUUAUCUCGUGAAUUAGUAAAUGGUGGAUUUUUUCGUACAUUGUAAUGUCGUGACAGUGAAAUAAAAUGCAGUUCUACAAAGAGAGAAUACUCAACGCUGCUCAGUUAAAAAGACUAAGUGAUCACAAAUAUUCUUGUACGAGUGCCAGUAUAUUGGAUGCAUGGCUCCAACCGUGGUGGUGCUGGCUGGUGUCAAAAACGCCGUUAUGGCUCGCGCCGAAUCUCAUCACAAUCUUAGGUUUAAUAGUAAAUAUAGUCACCACACUUAUAUUAGUUUGGUAUAGCCCCGACGCGCGGCAGGAGCCGCCGCGAUGGGCCUGCGCUCUGUGCGCGCUAGGAGUAUUCAUCUACCAAAGCCUGGACGCUAUCGAUGGGAAGCAGGCGCGCCGCACCGGCAGCCAGUCGCCGCUGGGCGAGCUCUUCGACCACGGCUGUGAUAGCAUAUCAACCGUGUUCAUCGCGUUAGGAGCAUGUAUCGCUGUCAAACUUGGAGAGUACCCCACGUGGAUGUUCUUCCAGUGUUUUUGCGCAAUGACAUUGUUCUACUGCGCGCACUGGCAGGCCUACGUGACGGGCACGCUCAAGAUGGGCCGGAUAGACGUGACGGAGGCGCAGUACUCCAUCAUGGCCAUCCACCUGGUGUCCGCCACGCUCGGGCCCAACUUCUGGGCCACUCAGGUCGGUGGUGGGCUCGAGGUCCGCUACUCGCUGGCGAUGGUCGCCGUCGGGGGCGCGUUCCUCACGGUGGGCGCGCUAGCCGCCGCCAUCGUCACCGGCGGAGUGGGCAAGAACGGCUCCACCGUCGCUUUGCCGACUAUAAACGUCAGUUUAAAUCUGAUAUCCAACUACGCAGUCGUGUUGUUCAUCAUGUACCUAGUGGUCGGUUACGUCACUGUCAUUAUGAAGGGUGGAGUGGGGAAAAACGGCUCCACUGUCGCAGGCACGAGCAUCCUGUCGCCGGUGAUCCCGUUCUCGCUGGUGGUGGUGCCGGCCUUCAUCAUCUUCCAGAAGAGCGAGUCCAACGUGUACCAGAACCACCCCGCGUUGUACAUACUCGCCUUCGGUAUGGUCGCUGCUAAAGUCACGAACAGGCUUGUGGUGGCUCACAUGACCAAGAGUGAGAUGGACUAUUACGACUGGUCGCUGCUGGGUCCGGCGAUGCUGUUCCUCAACCAGUACUUCAACCACGCGUUGCCCGAGUACUAUGUCCUGUGGCUCUGUACGAUAUGGGUGUGCGUGGACCUGGUGCGCUACUGCGGGCAGAUCUGCCUGGAGAUCUGCGGGCACCUGAAGAUCCAGCUGUUCCGCAUCAGGGCGGCGGGCGCUGGGGGCGCGGGGGCGGCGGGGGGCGCGGGGGGCGCGGCCCCGCCCGAGCGCAACGUGACGAGUGACAGUGAGAAGUCGGACAUAGAAGACACGCUACCACUCAUCAACAACAACUCUAUAAGUUAAGCACUGUGUUACAUAGACUACUGCAGUACGUCACUAGACUAAUAUUAUCUGUUGUAACGGUGGCGGGACGAUGAAUGUUUGAAGGACAUUAGGUUGUAUCAGAUCUUAUCACAAGAUAACGUUUUGUAUAAACAGACGUUCUUAUUGAACGGAUUUUAUUAAAUAGAUCGUAAUUCAUUGUGAAAUAAUGUUAAGUACAUCCAAGCAAGUUACCAACAAAAUGUUAUUUUUCAGUUUCCUUGCAGUGUUACAAACCUAGUAUUAUUAUUUAUAACGUAGUUUACGUUUGAGUAUUAUUGUGAGUAUUUCAGCGAGUUUGUGACCAUUAUAAAAAAGUUAAGUUUGUAAAUUGUUGAAAGCAAAAUGUGAGUCAUUUAUUGUGGAACCGCUAAGAUAAUAAAGUAAUUAACAAGAU